UCAAUGUCAACCAAAAAAGCUCCUACACUGUAGAGCAAACACUGAUUUCUACGAAGAUCCUCUUUAACCCUGUAUUGCUUAGUAGGAAAUAGAGUCAUCUGUGUAUUACUUCCACAUUUUAGAAGUUGUUAACUGAAGAAAAUCAUCACAAAAACAGAAGCACAAGUGACACCAAAUGAACACCAUAAUGUCUUGUUGGAAUCUUUAUUUCUUUGCUAUUUGGUUGUCUUUGGACACCACGGCAUAUGUAAUGCAAUACUACACUCCUGGGAUGACAGCGACUCUGCCCUGUACAAUAGUGCCCACAGUCCAGGAUGCUACUUUCGACUGGGUUUUCAGUCAGAGAUCAACAGCAACCGCAGUUAGCAUAGCAGUAGGAGGAAAAAUAAAACAGGGUGAGCCUCAGAGAGCAAAGAGACUGGAGCUGCUCCUAAAAUCAACUCUGAAGAUACAAAAUGCACAGCCUGAGGAUGCGGGGCUCUACACUUGUGAGAUGUAUAAAGGAGACAAAGGUGAUCGAAUUAAGUUCACAAGUAUUUCUCUUAUCCUCCUAAAAAUUACAGUCUCACCUGAUACACAUCUGCACAGAGGGUCCCUGCUGACACUGACCUGCUGUCUGACCAGCUAUGACCCCUGCACAUCUUUAAGACAUCACCAGCUUUCAUGGACUGAUGACCAGGGAGCUCCUCUAACAGGAGACAGAUACAGGAUCUCAGCUCAACCUCAGUGCUGCCUGCAACUGUCUACAGAACUAUUUAACUCUGAUCAGAAGAGAAGCUGGAGAUGUGACGUCACUGUAAAUGGGAAGACUGAAGGAUCAGCGAGCUACCUGUCCACACUAGAAGAUGAAGGCACUAUGAGUCAAGUGAUACUUCCCGUUAUGAACAUUUGUGGAAUUCUAAUUUUAGUCACUACUGUCAUCUGUGUUGACAUAAAGACAAGAAUAAGCCAGGAUGACAGAUCCAGGGCUUGAACACUCUAUAAGUAGCAUAGUAGAAAAAUUCUAUGAACAACAAAGCAUUGGCAUACUGCGCUGUGAAACAAUGGAGGAACCGUCUUGUUAUAUAAUUAAGACUUCCCUGCCCCCUGAAGCUGGUAAUCUGAUUAAUGAAAACAUAUGACUUCCAAUGUAUGAUGUAUAUUGCUUUUCUUUUUCUUUUUAUAAAAUGUAGGUAAAUGAUUAUACAGUACAUCUUGUCAAUGAUUUUCAUUGUUAUUCAUAUUGUAAUCAAACUUGCACAAGGUGUUCAAACAGAUUUUGGUACAAAUAAAUAAAAAUAAGCCUAUGCAAAUAA